AUGGUUAUUCAGGCGUCUAACCGUGGUUCACCUGUUGCUCCACCUGGUUUUGAGACUGUUAAUGUUGCUGCUGCUCCCGGUCAUGGCUAUGCUACGGGAGAAGAACUCCAAGGUAUAAGAAUCAAUGGUCAGCCUCUUGCUGCAGAGCAUCGCCGAGGGCCGAAUAGAAACCAGAAUCAGUACAGACAGGUUGCUGCAGUGACCAUUCCUGCACCUCAACAACGUCAACCUCUGCAACAACCUAGACAACAACAACAACAACAUCCUUAUCAGCCGAGGCAGAGGCUGCAGCCAGAUAGACGGUUUGAUCCGUUGCCCAUGACCUACGCUGAGCUACUGCCUGAAUUGCUCAGAUUGGGUUUUAUAGAGUUGAGAACGAUGGCUCCGCCGACUGUUUUGCCACCUGGGUAUGAUGCAAAUGUCCGGUGCGAUUUCCAUUCUGGAGCACCGGGGCAUAAUAUUGAGAAGUGUCGGGCUUUUCAGCAUAAAGUCCAGGAUUUGACCGAUGCCAAGACGAUCAACUUCGCCCUUGUGCCAAAUGUCGUUAACAAUCCCAUGCCCGCGCAUGGUGCUCAUAGGGUGAAUUGUAUUGAAGGGGUCGAAUCUGAGGAUUUGGUUGUCAAUGUCAGUGAGAUUCAGACUUCUUUGAUGGUGGUUAAGGGCCGUCUGCUGAACGGUGGUGUUCAUCCGGGCUGUGGUAAAGACUGCUUGGGCUGUGCAGAGUCAGUUGAUGGGUGUGAACUGCUGAGGGCUGGUAUCCAGGGUUUGAUGGAUCGAGGCUGUGUUCAGUUUGGUAGGGCUGACAAUAGAGAUCUUGGGGCAGUGUCUACUGUCACAAUAUUCUUCAAGCCGUCUGAAGGACGGGCACCUACAACGAGUGGUACUCCAGUUACCAUUUCUGCACCAGUUUCUGCCAACACUCCGACGACAAUUGUUGCUCCGGUAAGAAGGGCUGUGGACAGUAAAGUCGUGCCUUGGAGGUAUGACAAUGCCUACCGAAGCAACAGAAGGGCUGAGAACAGGGUCAAGCCUUCAAAUCAAGCGCCCGUAACUAUUGGUGUGCCUGUCAGUAAAGCUCUUGCGGUUGUGAGUCCUGCUGUGGACAAUGCAUCUGCCAGAGCUAAGGGAAAACAGGCUGCAGUUGAUGAAACGCCUGCUCAAGCGAAUGUGCCUGGUGGCUCAUUUGAGAAGGAUGUGGAGGAAUUCAUGCGCAUAAUCAAAAAGAGUGACUACAAGAUCGAGAUUUCCGUCAAUCAACUUGAGGGUGUAAUUGCUAAUGUGAGUACCCGACAUGGUGUGGGGUUUACAGAUCUUGAUUUGACACCCGAGGGUCGGAAUCAUAACAAAGCCUUACACAUCACCAUGGAGUGUAAGGGGGCUGUGCUGUCUCAUGUGUUGGUGGACAUGGGUUCUUCGUUGAAUGUGCUGUCGAAGCAGAUAUUAAAGAAGAUACCUAUUGAAGGGGUUGUGCUGACGCCAAGCGACCUGAUUGUGCAUGCAUUUGAUGGAUCCAAGCGUUCUGUAGUUGGCAAGAACUGUUUGAAGGAAUUGAAGAAGAAAACCGCACCAAACUCCAACUGUCCAAGCUUGUUCAACCAUGGCAAAUCAAAGAUUCAAGCACCUGGAGCGUUGCUGAGCUACCAAAGCUGUUUCAAUCAUCUUCCUAGGCGUUAUGCUGUUUCUGUUUUGGUGAAUUGGAGCUCAAAUCCAUCAAAUUCCAUAACUGCAAUCAUCAAAGGCAAGAAUUCGAUUUUCACCAAACUCAAAAUCAUGAUGUGUAUAUUGUAG